AUGACGACGUCGAAUGGUGGGGUCCCACCUGGGUUUCGUUUCCAUCCAACGGACGAGGAGCUCCUGCAUUACUACCUCAGGAAGAAGAUUUCUUUCCAAAAGUUCGACUUGGAGGUGAUCAGAGACGUUGAUCUGAAUAAGAUGGAGCCGUGGGACCUACAAGAGAGGUGUAGGAUAGGAUCGACGCCUCAGAACGAGUGGUAUUUCUUCAGUCACAAGGACAGGAAGUAUCCAACAGGGUCGAGGACGAACAGAGCGACAAACGCGGGUUUUUGGAAGGCGACUGGCAGGGAUAAGUGCAUAAGGAACAGCUACGAGAAGAUAGGGAUGAGGAAGACGCUUGUGUUUUACAGAGGGCGGGCCCCCCAUGGCCAAAAGACGGACUGGAUCAUGCACGAGUACCGCCUUGAAGAGAACGACGAUAUCCAAGGGAAUGGGACUGAGGAUGGCUGGGUAGUCUGUCGAGUCUUCAAGAAGAAGAAUCUAUUCAAGGUCGGGAACGAAGGAAGCACGAGCUCAGGCCCAGAUCGCCAGAUCAACGGUGGGAUGAGCAUCGAUCAAUCUCGACCUCUGACCCUCAAAGACGUGCACUACGACCGUCGCCAACACAACCAGGACAACCUCCACACAUACGACCUUUACAAGCCGGACCUCGCCCUCCACUACUCGCACGUGCCAACCACUCCCUACUCACACGUGCAAGCCCAGGCCCACCUCCAAAACCACAAGCCCAUCGGCUACGACUUCCCAGGCCUGCCAACCGAACCACCGAUCAUGGUCAAGCAAUUCCUAUCGAGCCAAGGCGCGUGCGACAGCGACGAGGGGCUAGCGAGGCAGGUGCAAUACCAACCGUGCGAUGCGGGCCUAGAGGUUGGCACGUGCGAACAGAGUCAGCAGAUGGUGGAAGGGAGGGAUGAGGGGUUGAAUGACUGGGCCAUGCUAGACAGGCUAGUGAGCAAUACUCAAGUGGGCCAGGAAGAGUCCUCUAAAGGGGUGAGAUUUGUGGACGCCAGUCCGUCCGUACAUCAGAUGAAUCACCAGCUGUCACUUCGUGGAGAGAUGGAUUUGUGGGGCUACGGAAAAUAA